ACCCACACGCUAUAAGAGUACACACUAUAGUAAUUGAUAGUACUAUAGCCUCCACUUCUAAUCAACUAGCAUCCUCCUGUAUAUCCAUCUGUAGUUUAUCUAUAACGUGUACAUGCAUGUACUGUAUAGUGGGUAUAUUUCAUCUGGAAAAAUGUUCGUUCUAGGCAGAAUUAGAAAUUUUCGUUCUGAGCAGCCAUUUUGCACACGUGGCAUUGAGGAAACGCCCUUUUCGUUUGGAAGAUAUUCGUUCUACAAGGAAUGAGAACAAAAAGAAUGAAAUUAAACUCGGACGGAAUAUACCCACUGUACAGUAUAUGUAACUAUAUUCUUAUAGUAUCACUGGUCUGAAUUAUGUGUACUAUCAGAAGAUAACAUAAUAAAGGAGAACAUGUCUAGAGAGAUGACCAACAUAUGUGAAUGGGCUAAGAGUGAUUUUAGUGCUGCUCUCUUUUCGUUUCACUUCUUCUCAUCCUCCUACCUUCCUGGAGUAUCAGUGUUCAUAUUCAACACGUUAACGGCAUCAAGUAAUGCUGAUAGAAUCAUGCUAUCUUUUAAGACAUUUAUUGAUCGGAAUCAGUCAAAAUUUGAUACUAAAAUAUUACUAACUUUCAUUUUUGAUUGCUGCGUCAGAAAGCUCUCAAGAUCUUGGGCUCAACUCCUUGAAUCUCCUUUAAUUGAAAAUCAAUUAAUAACAAUAUCAAAAUUUUGCUUAGAGAGGGAGAUGCAAGCAUGGAGGAUCAUCGCUAGUAAUAACAAUAGCACUGAGUUCAUAACAAACUUCAGGAGACUGUUUCCAAGUAGUUAUGAACAAAGAGUAAUCCCACUUGUUUGUAUAAAGAUCCUUCUACCUAUCAAAAAACCCUUAGUCCAAAAGCUGGCUUUAGAUUCAAACUUAGUACAGUUUAUAUUUACCAUACACUCUAAUCUAUUAACAAGUACUGAGGACUACCAGCUGUCAGGUGACUCCAUUACUAAUAAUACCAGUACCACAGCUGCUUCUGAUACUGGAUACGAAGGCCUUCAGUCUUUUUGUCCUGCAUUUUAUCGGCACUGCACUGCUCUAGUGAAGACUUUUAUAGAGUUUUCAAGUGUUCCUGUUUUGAAAAAUUGUCUGUCUUGGUGUCAUGGCUCUCUCAAGCAAUCAAUAAAAUCAAAAAUCACUAAUAAUAAUAAUAAUAAUAAUAGUGAAACUGCUUUGUUAUCUUAAUGUAUUAUCACUUAUUAUUAUCAGCUGAAUCUUAGUCUAGUCUAUGAUCUAUUUCA